UCUCUCUCGUCGUUAUAGAGUAACACACUUUUCUCGAAGGAUGACGACUUGUCGUCAUAGAGUAGCGGGGCGAAUAAACGAUUGACCAGCGGGUCUCGCAAGUCCAGUCGUCAGCUGGACACUCGCAGUCGCACUCGACGGGCCAUAGUGGCUGCACCGGCUACGAUAUUGGCUCAUCGUAUACUCGAAUACUUAAAUUGAGUAGUUUCUUUUCUUUCAGUCAACAACGUUCUCGCUUGAAAAUUAGUGGAAUUUUUAAAUGCUUCAAAUUUAAAUUUACUUAAAAAGUAUAGUUAGGACAUCGAUGUAAAAAGCGGCCGACGAUAUGCUUAGCAGCAGACACCUGUUGCUCGGCGCAGCCGUACUGUUACUGCUGGCCGUCGAAGCUAUUGGCGAGGAGGAACAUCAACCUGCGGCGAUUAGCAAAACUGGGAAAACGAAGGUGACGAAGCGCCAGAGGCCAAGCCAAGGCGGGGAUUACAGCGAGUAUGACGGCAAUAAUUACGAGGAGGAAGGGGAGUACGAGGAGUACGAGCGCGAGGAGAACGAGAGAAAUAGGGAGACGACGAUGAGGCAGUCGCAAGCGAUUUACGCCUCGACUACAGCGAAUCCUCUAAGGGCGGAUGACUACAGUCGCACAAAGAGCGCAACGGAGACGACUGUGAAUUACUCCUCGUCGACGUCGAGAGGGUACACAACGCCCAGGCCACCUUCGUUCGAUAACUCUCGAUUGAACCACAGUUCACCAGAGUAUCAAAAUACACCUUGCGAGGUCGAUGGAUCCUGGCGAAGAUCGGGCGAGUACUGGCGACCUUCUAACUGCACCAUAUGCCGCUGCCUUCGAGGACAGGUCGAUUGUACGCGUAUACCAUCCUGCAACACUACUACCCCGGAACCUGUAACUGUUCGCUACAACAGCACGCAGAGGGUGCAGUCAGUGGGCGUAAAUGUAGGCGACAGUCAGCAGGUUAAGUCCUUCACGACGUCCAGCGUAGGAGAAGGUUCCACUUCCAGCCCAGUUCCCGACGUUUCCUUGUACUACCACCAGCUAGAAAUGGCUCAAGCUAGCGCAGAAAAGGGCCCGAAUCCUAUAGUAUAUCCAGAGCCUUACGUUCAAGUAGGGCCGCGUGGCCCACCUGGUCCUCCUGGGCCACCUGGUCCAAUGGGCUUCACUGGCCCUCGCGGCGAAAUCGGCGAGCCCGGCACUCCCGGAACUCAAGGUUCGCCAGGUCCUCGCGGCCUGCCCGGUUUACCCGGAAACGAUGGCGAACCAGGCGAGGACGGCGAGUUAGGCGCUCCUGGACCUCACGGUCUACCUGGUCCGAGGGGUGCUCCAGGUCUUCCGGGUUUACCCGGAACUAAGGGGCACAAAGGUACCGCUGGAGCAGAUGGUCUGCGAGGACAACCAGGUAGUCCCGGAGAGAAAGGUGUUAUGGGAACGCCAGGGCCCGUCGGUCCCGUUGGCCCAGUUGGUCCAGUAGGCUCGAGAGGAGAGAGAGGAAGAGAUGGUUCGCCUGGUCCAUCUGGAGUAAGAGGAGCUGAUGGAUUACCAGGUGCCAUUGGUCCACCGGGACCAAUUGGAAAAAUAGGUGAACCAGGUUUUCCCGGCAUUAGAGGAAUCAAGGGCGAUCAAGGACUACCAGGACCCAAAGGAAAUCAAGGCUUGCAAGGACCUCGAGGUGACGCUGGUCGGACUGGCGCUACAGGUGAGCCGGGACCUCCAGGAGCAACUGGCAAAGAGGGACCACGCGGUGAAAAAGGAACUCCUGGUACUAAUGGUUUAGUUGGACAACCGGGAUUUCCCGGAGUCAGAGGUUUACCUGGUACACCUGGCACACCUGGACAACCUGGUAUCGAAGGCUUGCCGGGAGUACCAGGCGAAAAAGGCGGUAGAGGUGACACCGGGCUGAAAGGUGAGGCCGGCUUUCCCGGACCUCGUGGCCAGCCUGGCCCACCAGGUAACGAAGGUAAAAAGGGCAAGAGAGGGAUCAGUGGUCCAGUUGGAGCGCCAGGCCCUGCUGGAGAGCGUGGUACCACCGGUCCUAGGGGUCUACCGGGAGCCGACGGUGCGACUGGUUCGAAAGGUGCACAAGGUGAGCGUGGACCUAUGGGACCAAUGGGUCCAAAAGGAACGGUAGGCGAUGUGGGUCGCGUCGGACCCGUAGGGCCGCAAGGAUUGCGAGGACAACCAGGUAGACCGGGCAAUCCAGGUAAGCCAGGAAAUAACGGAGAUAGAGGAGCUGCAGGCGCAGACGGCAAGCCUGGAGAACAAGGAAUUCAAGGACCGCCUGGAUCGAUUGGACCCGUUGGGCCACCUGGAGAGAAAGGAUUCCCCGGAGAACCAGGGGAGGAUGGCGAGCAAGGCCCACCAGGACCUCCAGGACUUGAUGGUCAACCCGGAACCAGAGGGAAACCAGGCUUACCUGGUCCAGAAGGUUCCAAGGGUGACCGAGGCCUCGAAGGAUUACCAGGCCCUAAGGGUCAUCGAGGUUUCAAUGGACUCCAAGGAGUUCCAGGCCAACCAGGCGCUCCCGGCGACAAAGGAGCACAAGGCCCAGUGGGUCCCCCCGGAAAAGAUGGAGAUACAGGUCUUCGUGGUCCACCUGGUCGUGAUGGUAAUCCUGGCCCUCAAGGGCAUACCGGCAAUCCUGGACCAAAGGGACCACCGGGUGAAGAUGGCAGGCAUGGAUCUCCGGGACCUCCAGGUCCACCUGGACCACCUGGACCUCCUGGUGAAAUCGCAUACGGCUAUGAUGCUGCGUCGCUUGCUGCCUUGUUCGGCCAAGGACAGUCUAAGGGACCGGAUCCAACCUCACCAACAGAUGAUUCUCAAAGAAUGUUUGGAAGACCACUUAAUGACGAAGAGCGUAAAGAAGCUCUUACUAAAAUCCACGAUCAAGUUAAAAUAUCAUUACAAAAGCUUACAAAACCUGACGGAGAGAAAGAUUCGCCAGCGAAAACUUGUAACGAGCUGUUUGCAACUCAUCCAGAGAAGCCAAGUGGAGAGUAUUGGAUUGAUCCGAACGAUGGCGAUUCUCGGGAUGCAAUACUGGUUCGCUGCGAUGCUGAAACACGUUCAACCUGCAUCUUCGCCAGUCCCUCUCGGACACCUGAAAUUAGUCAUCUCGGCACUGAUCUAGAGAUUUGGUUAAAUGAAUUAGAAAAUCUACCGAAGAUAAGUUACAAAGCAGACAGUAACCAAAUUGGAUUCCUCCAGCUUUUGUCGAAAGAAGCUGAACAAAACGUAACUUACCACUGCAAAAACAGCAUUGGUUACUACGAUGCUGAGCGUAAAACUUAUAGAAAAGGCUUAAAGCUUCUUGCAUGGAAUGACGUAGAGUUACUGCCAAGAGGAAGUCAUAGGCUUCGUUAUGAAGCCAUCUUAGAUGAAUGCAAGACAAGGCAAGCACACUGGGGAAAAACGAUCAUCACUUACAAGACUGACAAACCAUCCAGAUUACCGAUUCUCGACAUAGCCUUGCGCGACAUCGGCAAACCCGAGCAAAGUUUCUGGAUAGAAAUUGGAUUAGUCUGCUUCCGAUGAUGAACUGGCAAAGAUAUGUAUCUCAAUUCAAUAAUUUCUUAUACACUUUAUGAAAAACAGAAAAACGAAGACGCACGCUCAGUGUUUUUUGCUUUCUAAGAUCUUGCAUUUCGUUAUUACAUUAUUUUUACAAAGCGCUAGUUUAUAUUUUUUUUAUACGAAUAUACGAAAAAAAAUGAAAGUUAUAAACACAAUGCUUAGUUUUAUAUUUUACA